GACAAAUCUCAAAAGUGUUUUCUAUAAUAUUACUCCAUCCUUUCUCAAAAAUAUCUUACCAAAAAUAGAAGUUUAAGUUUUUCUUCAUCUACCGAGUUUUCCUGGAGAAUCCGAAGAGAAAAUUUCUUCUAAUGCCAAGUCAUUAACACAGGUCGGUUUGCAAGAAAAUAGUCUCGUUUUUUUCAUUUCCGGUCAUCCUCACCGGAGCCGACGUAAAAUUCCGAUAAUUUUUCGUGGAGGAAGAUAGAAAAUGGUUAGCUCUCUCGAAGUCACAGGACCUGUGUCCAAGCUCCCGGAGCAGAAGUUUGAGUCCAACAUCGACAUAGCCGGUGAAGAUGAAGUAGGCGAGGAGGAAAACGACAAUCCAAUAGAAGAAGUCCGGUUAACCGUACCGAUAACCGAUGAUCCGUCUCAACCGGUCUUAACAUUCCGAACAUGGUUCUUAGGAACGGUAUCGUGCGUGGUACUCGCGUUCGUGAACCAAUUCUUCGGUUACCGGUCGAACCAGCUCAUGGUGUCUUCAGUCCUGGCACAGAUCGUCACUCUCCCACUAGGUAAGCUCAUGGCCACGACUCUCCCCACGACGCAAUUCCGGUUACCGGGUACAAAUUGGUCCGGUUCGUUGAAUCCCGGACCAUUCAACAUGAAAGAACAUGUGUUGAUCACUAUAUUCGCUAGUACCGGAGCCGGAGGAGCUUAUGCGACCAGCAUCAUAACCAUCGUUAAAGUAUUUUAUCACCGGAAUCUCAAUCCCACCGCCGCCAUGUUGCUGCUGCAAACCACUCAGUUGUUGGGUUACGGAUGGGCGGGAAUGUUCAGGAAAUUCUUGGUGGACUCUCCAUACAUGUGGUGGCCUUCAAAUCUUGUUCAAGUCUCUCUCUUUAGAGCAUUACAUGAGAAGGAGGAGAAGCGUGAAGGCAAACAAACGAGGCUUAGAUUCUUCCUAAUAGUCUUCUUCGUGAGCUUUGCUUACUACAUAAUCCCUGGCUAUAUUUUCCCUUCAAUCUCAUCACUCUCCUUCGUCUGCUGGAUAUGGACUCGCUCCGUGACAGCUCAACAGAUCGGUUCAGGCCUGCAAGGUCUCGGGGUUGGCUCCAUCGGUCUUGACUGGUCCACCGUCGCAGGUUUCUUAGGCAGUCCUUUAGCAGUACCGUUCUUCGCUAUAGCUAACUUUUUUGGCGGAUUCUUCAUCUACUUCUAUAUCAUUCUUCCUAUCUUCUACUGGAGCAACGCUUACGAGGCAAAGAAGUUUCCUUUCUUUACCUCUCACACAUUUGAUCACACCGGUCAACUUUUCAACACCACUCGUAUCCUCAACCAUAAAACUUUUGAUAUCAAUCUUCCCGCUUACGAAAGCUAUAGCAAGCUUUACGUUAGCGUUAUGUUUGCUCUCAUCUAUGGACUCAGCUUUGGUACUCUUACCUCAACCAUUUCUCACGUCGCCCUCUUUGACGGAAAGUUUAUCUGGGGGAUGUGGAAGAAGUCGACAUUAGCGACAAAGGACAAGUUAGGAGAUGUGCAUACAAGACUGAUGAAGAAGAACUAUAAGGAAGUACCUCAAUGGUGGUUCAUUGCGGUUCUCAUUGUUUCCUUUGUGCUAGCUCUUUACGCAUGUGAAGGAUUUGGCAAACAGCUUCAGCUUCCAUGGUGGGGACUUGUACUCGCAUGUGCCAUUGCCUUUACCUUCACUUUGCCUAUCGGAGUCAUCCAAGCGACUACAAACCAGCAAAUGGGUCUUAACGUUAUAACGGAACUCAUCAUUGGGUACUUAUACCCGGGAAAGCCACUUGCCAAUGUGUCUUUCAAGACUUACGGCUACAUGAGUAUGUCCCAAGCCUUGUACUUUGUUGGAGACUUCAAACUUGGCCACUACAUGAAGAUUCCUCCGAGAUCUAUGUUCCUUGUUCAGCUUGUUGCGACUAUGGUUGCGUCAACUGUCUGCUUUGGUACCACAUGGUGGCUUCUUUCUUCAAUCGAGAACAUCUGUAACACAGAUAAGCUCCCAAAGAGUAGCCCUUGGACUUGCCCUGGUGACGAAGUGUUCUACAAUGCAUCGAUCAUUUGGGGAGUCAUUGGUCCUGGAAGGAUGUUCACAAGCAGAGGUAUAUACCCAGGGAUGAACUGGUUCUUCCUCAUUGGCUUACUUGCUCCUGUCCCGGUCUGGUUCUUUGCAAGGAAAUUCCCGGAGAAGAAGUGGAUAAAGCAGGUUCAUAUUCCCUUGAUCUUCUCAGCGGCUGGCGCAAUGCCAAAGGCCAAGGCUGUGCAUUACUGGUCGUGGGUCAUUGUUGGGGUCAUCUUCAACUACUAUAUCUUCAAGAGGUACAAAGCAUGGUGGGCAAGACAUAACUACAUUCUCUCUGCAGCUCUUGAUGCAGGCACUGCGAUCAUGGGAGUGUUGAUCUACUUUGUGUUACAGAACAACAACAUAAGUUUUCCAAACUGGUGGGGGAGUGAGAACACAGACCAUUGCCCUUUGGCGCAUUGCCCGACAGAGAGAGGGAUUGUUGUUCAGGGCUGCCCGGUGUUCUGAAGAGACUUUGCUCUGGAGUUUCUCUGACGUGAAGGUGAGUGACGGUUUCUGCCAAAUGUUUUGGUGAUCAUAAUAAUAUUGUGGAAAGACUGUAUUUGUGAGCGUUAGAAGAAAGGAACUCAAACAAUGUAAGAAAUGAUUUAGAAUAUGUUUGAAAUAAGCUUGACU